UCCAAGCCGAAUACUGAUAUUUUUAGAUCAGUGCUAUUUUCGUUAGUGUGUCGAGCGAGAGUUUCUACGGAGCCAGUAGUAGGCAGAGAGGCUUCCGCCGCUUCGAAUCACGGAGCUACCCGUAUUAAUACGCGACUUCAUUAUAAUUAACGAGUAUUUGGGUGAAUUCACAAGAAUUCACGUUAUACGAGUAUUAUAUUUUUACACGACUUUUUCAUUACUAUAAAUCAUCAUCUUUAGCGGGUACCACGUGGAUGUACAAUUUUAAAAUGAUAUUUAGUUAAUUAAAAAAUAAUAUAAUUAAUUGAUAAGCAAGCAAAGUGAUUGGGAGGUAUCUGAAGUAUUGACUCAACCGAUGAAAAUUUAUCGGCAAAGUAUUCUUGUUUCUGAUAAAGGAUAUUGAUAAUAAGUGAUAAAAUUUGAUUGAUUAUCAUGAACCAGUAGAGAAAGUUGAAAUUUAUAUUUUUUUUUGUCAUAAGGGCGAAGGGGACGAGUCAGGGGGCUAAAGUGGGGUUGAGUGAGUGGCUCAUGCAAAAGUUCGAAGAGCAAGAAGAAGAAGAAGAUGAAUAAAAAGAAGAUGACAAAAGUUCCUGGUGGAACUUGUCUCUAUCGUACAGUGUGGUUUUGAGUCCAAGGACUAGUCUGUGGCAAGGAUACGUCAGUGAAGAGUUUUACCGUGAACCCUAGGAUGUUUCCGUGCGACUUAUCAAGGAUUCCGAUCCGGCUGGAUUACUUGAAGGAAUUCUCAAGUUAUCAGAAGAAGAGGAAUCGGUAGAGUCUCUGGCCACUUUGAGAGAGUCUCUUCCAUGUGGAAGCCCUUGCUUUCUUCGGUGUCUUUUCUUUAUUCUCCAGAAAAAAAAGGAAGCUUAGACGGGAUCAAGAAGUCCCCGUAGAUCCGUUUCACCUUAACAACGAUGUCCUGAAGAAUUGUCAAGUACCACGUGUAACUGAUCUCAGUCUUGGAUAAGGAUCCUGAAGGCUCCUUGAAGUAAAAAACAGAUAUAAAAUUGUAUAGAGCUUGCUGACUAGUUCAAGGAUACGUUUGAAAGGUGUUCAAAGAAUAAAAAGUAAAUUCUUUGAAAGACAUCCUACGGAUCAGAGCACCCUGCAACCCAGUGUAUGGGUUAUUGGAAGUAGACCUGGCUGAAUGGGAAGUGGUGCGGGAACUCCUUGGAAGCGGUGGAUUCCUCAAACCUGAGUUAAAGGAGGAGAAAAUUGAAUUUGUGAAGUUGCGAGUUGAGCUUUGAAACUGACUAUGGUAAAAAUGCCAGGAAGGUCUCUAGGGAGGAUGCCGGUCAUGGGUCAUCGUGUCUCUAGUGCGACGAGCACCAGGUAACCUGAGGAACAAUGGAGAACAGGUCGUGGUCGUCGUCGUCGAGGAGAUGGCGUGGCAGUUACAGACGUAAACGGAGAAAGCCCUGGGGCGAGAGACUUGCCGACUGGACCAGGAACUUCAUAGCCUUCCUCUUCAGCAACGUGGGCAUUGUCGGUCUCGUGGUUGGAUAUACGAUAGCUGGUGCGUUUGUCUUCACAGCUAUCGAGGGGAAGCACAGCUUGAAGAGGUCUGGCGAUGUCGCCAGGCUCAGAUACUUCACAGCGAGUAAUCUCUGGGAAGUCACUCUUGAGGAAAAUACGAUCCGCGAGUCGGUUUGGAGGAACAGGGUCAGAGCGAUUCUUAAAAAGUAUCAGAAAGACAUUGUUGAGGCCAUCAGGAACGGCUACGACGGCACCGAGGAUAAUAAGCAGUGGAGCUUUGCUGGAGCUUUUCUGUAUUCUCUGACGGUCAUCACGACUAUCGGUUAUGGGAACAUCAGUCCCAGGACUGAAUGGGGUAAAGUUGUUACCAUUGUUUACGCCAUUGCCGGGAUGCCACUCUUUCUUCUUUACCUCAGUAAUAUCGGCGACAUCCUCGCCAGAAGUUUCAAAUGGACUUAUGCCAGGUGCUGUCUUUGCAGAUGUCGACGGAAACCACGAGGAGCAGGAGCGCCACCGCCUAGAGACGCAGCAAGAAUGAAUCAAUGGCAGAUUGUGAAGGUACAUGGCGGAGAAUUGGAAACUUCCAGUAUAGAACAAGAGGAUAGUUCUUCCGGUGGAGUUGCCGAGGAUGAGGAGGACGAGGAUGAGGAUGACGACGACGAUGAAGAUUCCUACGAUCCACAGCAGGUGACUGUACCCUUGACGUUAUGUCUGGCUAUAAUGGUUGGCUACGUUUGCGGCGGUGCCCUCCUCUUCUCGAAAUGGGAAGUCUGGGACUUCCUGGAUGGAUCUUACUUCUGUUUUAUCUCCCUCUCGACGAUUGGUUUUGGAGACAUCGUACCUGGUGACGAGAUCUACUCCAGCGAGGGCUUUGAGCUAUCUUUCGUCUUCUGCUCCAUGUAUCUGAUGCUUGGUAUGGCCCUGAUUGCCAUGUGCUUCAAUCUCAUGCAGGAGGAAGUAAUGGCAAAGAUACGAACGCUGGGUCGUACAGCAAGGCACAUUUUCAGAUGCGACAGGUGACGGAAGGCAGGAUCCCAAGCGAUGGCGGUGAGGACGGCGAAAUGAAGUUUCCUGGCAGCGAACCUAGGGUGAACUCCAGGACGGGGUCGACCUCAUGAUCGAGACUGGUGUAAAUCCUUGUGACGUGAGUCGCUUCUGGGUAUGAAGCAUCGAGGAAACACCUGGGUGAGGCGUCUCGACGGCAAAGGGGUACGCGACGCUGUCACGUAGAUGGCAAUUUUGAUAGGAGAUCGUCGGUCUAAUUGAAAGAGCCGCACUGAAAAUUUCACUGGCUAAAGUGUACCUGGACUCCUUUGCGACCUUCACGUCAUCGCAGUGGGCAUCCUGGAGUGCAGCACGAGAACUACCUCAUGCAGAGGAUCCUCGUUCAUGGUGUCCC